AUGCCCGUCUUCUUUGGCCAAGACAUCUCUCGCUUUGCUAGAUUUAUUAACAAGUGGUAUGGGGACGGCCCGGGCCUGAUCCGUGACGACCCUAAGAAGAAAUCGGUCCAGAUCCUCUACCCCUCCAACUAUCUCCCGACUCCCAACGCAGCCCAGACCGCUGUCAUCAACAAGUUCGUCAAGGGCCUCGAGUCCGCCAUCUCCGUGAAGCGAACCGGCUUCUCCCUCGUUGAACAAUGGAAAAAAGACCUUCCUGAUAGCAAGCAGCACGCCGAUAUCGUGCCGUACCUUGAGAAGGCCGGAAUCUACCCUUUUUACCACGACCAGUACCGGAACUCCGCCCCCUUCAGAGACGAGUACAAAGCCAAAUACGGCAAGCCGGCGUUCGUGCACAGACAGCUUAUCUGGCAAUGGGAAAUCGGCAAGAGCAUCUCGCAGGAGCUGCGCGAUGAGUCCUGGCGCCGCUCUGAGGUCUACCGCAACUGGCUCCUUGAUAGUGUCUUCAAGCCCGCUGACAAGAACACCCUCACGGUGAUGAUCUUGCCUAUUGAGGCGGGGAAGCCGAAUUAUCGUGAUGCGGACUUGCCCCCGAACGGUCUGCUUAGUGGAUAUGCCGCCCUUAACAUGUCCAACAUGCUCCGCGCGCCGGAGGUUACCGCUCCAGUCGGCGACAUCCCGUACCACUCUAUUGUCACCGACCGCGAGGAGCGUCUCCCCGUCGCGGUGUCGGUCAUCGGGGCCCCUGGCACGGAUCUCCUUCUCGUAGACUUGGUGGAGAAGGGCAUGGUCGGGGCUGGCUUGGGCACUACGGUUAAGACUGGAAGUGUCGCAUUCUAA